GUAGAUGAAGGCUGACCUUGUUUACUCUUCAGUUUACUUUAUGUGAAUGUCUUCUUGUAUAGAGAAGAUUAUGAUUGUUAUGAUUAUAUGAAUACGUAGAACGUGCAACAUAGCUCAGAUAUGAGUAAAAUACAUGCAAUUUUUUGUUAAAGAGACAUAAUUUGCAGAGAUUAACAUCUAAAUAGUACCUAAAUUGGCUCUUUUGGCUCAUAUUGUCAUGUCAGUAAGGUUAAUCACGACCAGUGUUAGAAAUUUAAUCAACUGGAGCAAACCAUCACUUGUGAAGCUCAAUGAAGAAGACUUAUUAGAGAAAUUCGUCAAAGGUCAGGGUAAAGGUGGACAAGCUGUGAAUAAAACAUCCAAUAAGGUAUUCUUAUUACACAAACCAACAGGAUUGAGUGUAGAAUGUCAUGCCACUCGCAGUCUCAUCAGUAAUCGAAGCCAAGCGAGAAAGCUAUUACAGGAUAAAUAUGACAAUAUAUACAAUCCCAGUCAAUCAAAAAUACUUAAAAGGAUUGAAAAGCUACAAAAAUCAAAGAAAAAUGCAAUGAAAAAGUCAAGGAAGAAGUACGCCGCUCUCUCUGAAACGAACGUCGAGGAAUUAGAAUAGAAUGGAGACACUUGGAUUAUGUGCGCUAGGGCUUACUGGUGGAAUGUUUAUUGCUAGCAGAUUGAGAGCUAAAACUGUCGCAUCAAAGUGGGCUAUCGGUGGAUUCCAAGCAAAGAUGGACAAGAAGGAAGCUCUUCAGAUAUUAGGAUUAAGAGAGCAGCUCGCCAAUACCCAGAGGAUAAAGCACGCUCACAGAACUAUUAUGCUUGCAAAUCACCCGGAUAAAGGUGGAUCUCCAUUUUUAGCAAGUAAAAUUAAUGAAGCCAAAGAUCUCCUAGAGAAGCAAGCUAGCAAAUAAAUAGACACUAAGUUAUUCAUUUUAUCUCAUUUUGUACAUUUCCCAUAUCACACCUCUUGAUUAGAU